UUUUUUUAUUUUUUUAUUUAUUUUUUUUGAGCUAUAUUUUUCAAAUACAGGAUUUGUGGACGAGCAUUUUUUUGCAUUAAACUUUUUGUUUUGUUUGAUUAUUCAUUUUCAUAUCAUAAACUUUAGCCAUACUUGUAUUUAUUCUUUCUUUGCUAUUACUGCUCAUACAAAAAAAUCCCACCAUGCGUAUUUGUCUUUUCUUUUCAUUCAUUGCCCUGAGUAUUAACGUCUCCAUGACGAGUCCAGCAUCAACAGCUGAUGAUACCUUGGCACUGGCAGCCAAGGCCAUUGCGCGUAUUGCUGGUGGAACUCCAGCCGGUCAAACAGACUUUGCCUCAUUGCAUUCCUUGAAGCCACAUCCCGGCCUAAUUGCGCCAAACGUCGUGCUGACAGCCGCCCAUUGCACUAUCUACAGCACAGAUACGUCCUAUAACGCGUCCAACUACAAUGUGUAUUUUACGCACAAGACGCCUGACAGCAGUAUGGCGGACAUGGGGUACUCCGUGGCUCAAGUCAUCCCUUACCCUAUUUUCACCAUGGCCACGCUGAAUCAUGACAUUGCGCUGCUUAUUUUGGAAAAAGAAGUUCCUGAGAGUGUUGCAAAGGCAACUAAAAUCUACACCGGUCCUAUUAACACUGGCACGCCGCUGAGGGCCGCUGGGCCCGCUGUCUACGCCGGUGACAAUGGAAACGCCACGUAUGUGCUGCUGGGAAUUACGAGUUACUCACCAAUUAAUGAUGGUAACCCCAAUGGAUACUGUGCUCAGAAGGAUGGCACUGGGUUUUACACACGGGCUUCUGCUUAUCUGCCAUGGAUUGUUCAUACUGCUGGUCUGACCAUGGAAGACUAUGACAAUAACAAUAGGGAGCUAGGAAACUUGGAUAGUGAGUAUAAUUAUCAGUUGCAAAGCACUGAGAGCGACUCGUCUACUUUUGAAAGCAGCUUAUCUGAAUUUGAAAACACCAUGUCUCUUUUGAAUGAGAGCAGCCAGUCUUCUGAAAGCAAUACUUCUGGAAGCAAGAGCAACCAACCUUCUUUAGUUAAAACCACCCAGUCUCAUGUUAGUGAUAGCUUCCAGUCUUCCAAAACCAAAAGCAGCUCUUCAGUAAGCAAUGCUAGCCCGACCAUUACCAAAAACAGCAAUUCGAUUACUUACAGCGGCCCAUUCCUAAACAUCACAAGCUUACUCGAGACUUAUAGAAAAACCAGUGAAAGCAAUGUUCUUCCUACAGGAUCUGCAUUCAGCAGCCCGAUGAACAUGAAAGUGGAAUCUACGAGUUCUUCUAAUGAAGCGUCAAACUCUGCUAGAAGUGCACUUGCAUUUGCAACUCGCUCGUAUUUGGUCUCUGGUAUAUUGGCCAUAUCUAUAAUUGUACUUUAAUAGGACAUGAACCAAGUAUUUUUUCAUAUUUAUCUAAAUAUUUUUUGGUAUAUAAACUAUAUAUGCAAACCAACAAUCAUUUUAAAUAAUAUAAAUUAAAUAGCGCGCACUCACCAAACUUG